GAAAAUGUUAUCUCACGAAUAACAGGGAAACAAUGUGUCAUUGACUAUCUCGACCCUGAAAUCGAAUGCUGUGGUCAAACGCCACCAUUCAUGAAAAUAGGUAACAUCCGCAUCAUUGAAACACCAGGAACUACAGGAGUUGAGUUUAAGUAUAAAUAUUCGAACGAGUAUACAAAACUUUCAACAGAAUAUAAACUUUGCUUGAAAUAUGUUUUAGUAAAUUAA